UCCCCUGUGCGUGGCAACGGAAGUCGGCAGGCGAUCUGCAAUUUUCAGCUCAAGGAAGAAGACGACCACGACAGUUUCUCUCUAUCUCUUUCCUUCAUUCGUAAGUUUCGUUUUCAUCUUGAUCGCUUAACAAGAACACACAAACGACCACAGAUUAUACACAAAACAGAGAUUCAUCGCAUCCCGAUUUACAGAUAUCAUUAUCAAUAUCAUAGAUUGAUUGCAGAGCUAGAGACUGUAUAUCUUCAUUUCUAUUCUCUACUCCAAACUGUAAAUCGUCAGCUCCAAACCAAUCCCCAUCUGGCACAUGUCUUACUUCGUGACAAUUCGUAAUAACUUUUAGUCAAUUGGAGACGCCUUCUUGUUCUUCUUCUUCUACGUUGUUUUUGUUCUAGGGUUUGGUGAAUUUGACGUUGAUAUAGACUAUGGCAUUAUUUCGCAAGUUGUUUUACCGCAAGCCACCUGAUGGUCUGCUCGAGAUCUCCGAGAGAGUCUACGUUUUCGAUGCCUGUUUUACAACUGACGCUUGGGAAGAAAGAGAUGUAAAAUCAUAUGUAGCAACUGUUGUUGGUCAGCUUCGUGAUUACUAUCCUGAUGCUUCAAUAUUAGCUUUCAAUUUUCGUGAGGGGAAGACAGAAAGCGAGAUUGGUAAUGCUUUAUCAGAGUAUGACAUGACUAUAAUGGAUUAUCCUCGACAUUAUGAAGGAUGUCCAUUACUAUCCAUGGAAGUGAUUCACCAUUUUCUUAGAUCAAGUGAAAGUUGGCUUUCUCUUGGACAGCAAAACGUGCUGUUAAUGCACUGUGAACGUGGUGGAUGGCCAGUUUUGACAUUCAUGUUAGCUGCACACUUGAUUUACAUGAAACAAUAUACAGGAGAACAGAGGACUUUGGAUAUGAUAUAUAGGCAGGCCCCUCGUGAACUUUUGAACCUGUUAUCGCCGUUAAAUCCAAUUCCUUCUCAAUUAAGGUAUUUGCAGUACAUAUCAAGGAGGAAUGUAGCUUCAGCAUGGCCUCCUUUGGAUAGGGCCCUUGCACUAGACUGCGUUAUAUUGAGAUUGAUACCUAAUUUUGAUGGUCAAGGAGGUUUUCGCCCAAUAUUUCGCAUAUAUGGCCAAAAUCCUUUCCUCUCGGGUGAUCGCACACCCAAACUCUUAUUUUCUACUCCUAAACGGAGCAAAGUUGUUCGGCACUACAAGCAGGAUGAAUGUGAGCUAGUUAAAAUUGACAUCAAUUGUCAUGUUCAAGGGGAUGUUGUUCUAGAGUGUAUCAGUUUGCAUGAAGACAUGGAAAGAGAAGAGAUGAUUUUCCGAGUGAUGUUCAACACAGCUUUCAUCAGGUCAAAUAUUUUAAUCCUUAACAGAGAUGAAAUCGACAUUUUAUGGGAUGCCAAGGAACGUUUUCCUAGAGAAUUCAGAUCUGAGGUGCUUUUCUCAGACAUGGAUGCCGCAGCAUCUGUAGUUCUUUCUGAGUUAUCUUGUUUUGAGGAGAAAGAUGGACUUCCUAUUGAAGCUUUUGCUAAAGUUCAAGAGAUGUUUAAUAGUGUUGACUGGAUAGUUCAUAAUACAGAUGUUGCACAAACUGAUUUGGAUACUCUAGCAUUAUCAAAUCUUGUACAAGAGAAGUUGAACACUUACUCUCAUCAUUCCAAUGAAACUACUAGCCCUUUGUCACAUGAUAGUAAAACUUGGCUCAAACUUGCUUCAGCAUCACUUUCACCGAAAACACCCCCGCCACCACCACCACCGCCUGCUGUCAGUCAUUCACUUGACAAGCAUGCUGAAACACUAACCGAGGGUUCUUGUCCAAAUCUAACUUCUCCCAUGAUGCCAUCUUCUGAUUCAGUUGUUGGCACUCGAGUGCCACUAGCUUCACAUCCACCUGAAAGAAUACCUUCUUCUACUCUCCCUAGCUCAUCUAUGGACGUCAAUCUACCAAUGACUGCACCACCUCCUAAACCAGCUACCGAUGCUAGAACACCAACUCCUACACUUCCACAUUCUCAUGCUCUGAAUUUGCCGGCUACUGAUUCAAGUCAGCCAGUGAAUGCGAAAUCACUAGAGCCUUCUUCAAUUGGACCUUCGCCUAAAUUAACCUGUUCAGCUGUUCCAUCUCCACCCCCACCCCCACCUCCAAGCAAACCGGUCAUUCUAUCACCACCAAGUCCUCCUCCUUCUCCUCCACCUCCAGUUCUGCAUAGUCCACCACCACCACCACCCCCACCCCCACCCCCACCUACUAUUGUUUCAUCUUCAAAAGAAAAUCAAGAACUGAAGACUACCCCACCUCAGGCAGCCUCGUCUUUGAAAGAAAAUCAAGAAGUGAAGACUACCCCACCUCAGGCAGCCUCGUCUUUGAAAGAAAAUCAAGUGAAGACUAGUACACCUCUUCCACCACCUCAUACAGCCUCGUCUUUGAAAGAAAAUCAAGAAGUUAAAUCUCCUUUGCCUCCUGCACCACCUCCUCCUCCUCCUCCCCCUAUGAAGGACCAAUCAGAUAUGAAACAAGAACCUUCUUCAAUGAUUCCAGGCCCUCCGCCGCCACCUCCACCUCAACCUUUAAAUUCAUCUAAGGUCACUGCAUCACAACAUACUACUGGUGCACCAUCAGCACCCCCUCCUCCGGCUCCUCCUAGCUUGGGAGGUGUAGGUGUGCCUAAAGUUCCUUGUCCUGCACCACCAACUCCAGGUGGAGCAAAAUUAAAGAGCUUUUCACGAUCAACAAGUUCAAAAAAUAACCCAACUAAGAAAUUGAAGCCACUGCACUGGCUAAAGUUAACCAGAGCUGUGCAAGGAAGUCUAUGGGCUGAGACACAGAAGUCUGGUGAAUUUUCCAAGGCACCGGAGAUUGACAUUACAGAACUCGAGACUCUUUUUUCAGCAGCAGUUCCACCUUCUGAUAAGAGCGGAGUAGGUGGAAGCUCUCGUGCUAACCUUGGAAACAAGCCAGAGAAAGUGCAAUUGGUUGACCAUCGCCGGGCAUACAAUUGUGAAAUUAUGCUUUCAAAGGUCAAAGUUCCAUUGCAGGAAUUGAUGAGUUCAGUUCUUUCCCUGGUGGAUUCGGCUUUGGAUGUUGAUCAAGUGGAUAACCUUAUAAAGUUUUGCCCAACAAAAGAGGAAAUGGAAUUGCUUAAGGGAUACACUGGAGACAAGGAAAAUCUUGGAAAAUGUGAACAGUUCUUCUUGGAGUUGAUGCAAGUUCCACGAAUCGAAUCCAAGCUGAGGAUUUUCUCGUUUAAGAUGCAGUUCCAAUCCCAGGUUACAGACCUACGAAAGAACCUGAAUAUAGUAAAUUCUGUCUCGGAGCAGGCUCGAAGUUCUGUCAAAUUCAAAAGAGUUAUGCAGACUAUUCUAUCACUUGGAAAUGCUUUGAACCAAGGAACUGCUAGGGGAUCUGCUAUUGGAUUUAAGUUGGAUAGUCUUCCUAAACUUACUGAUACACGUGCAAGGAACAAUAAGAUGACACUCAUGCAUUAUCUGUGUAAAGUGUUGAUUGAUAAAUUACCAGAACUACUAGAUUUUUCGAAAGACCUCGACAGCCUGGAAUCUGCUUCAAAGAUACAACUGAAAUUUUUGGCGGAAGAAAUGCAAGCAAUCAGCAAAGGUCUGGAGAAGGUCAUUAACGAAUUAUCUAUGUCUGAAAGUGAUGGACCCGUGUCUGAACAAUUUCGCAAGGUUUUAAAGGAGUUCCUUUCUUUUGCUGAAGCUGAAGUGAGGUCUCUAGCUUCUCUGUAUUCAUCUGUGGGGAGAAAUGUGGAUUCGUUAAUUCUUUACUUUGGCGAAGACCCCGCUCGCUGCACAUUUGAGCAAGUUGUGGCUACAUUACUGACAUUUGUGAGGAUGUUUAACAAUUCACAUGAAGAAAACUUGAAGCAAGUUGAAGCAGAGAAAAAGAAGGCAGAAAAAGCAUUAGAAAAUGAGAAGCUUAAUAAUAAUACUAAUAAUAAUAAUAAUAAUAAUAAUGUUACAAAGAAGGAGAAGGUCUCUGAAAACUUGUUACAGUCUCCUGUUAAAACGAUCAAAUAGGGUUUUUUAUUUUUAUUUUUUUAUUUUCUUGUGAUAUUUUUUUACGUAUGAAUAUAGAUUAUUAUGAUAAUUCUUUU